CAAUAACAUUUUGGGAACAGUUUGAUUUCACAUUGAUCAUUGUGUGUGUGUAGUUGAAUGACUACUGACAAAAGACGUGAUUGUAUUAUGGAGACAAUAACAUGUGGACAUGAUUAUACAACAUCGUCAAUACAUCGACAUCAUCGUCAGCAUCAGCAUCAUGGAACAAAUUUGAAUUUAGAAAAUAAUUCUAUCCAAAAUUUCGACAAUACUACUUCAUCAUAUUUUCUGAAUUCAAAAACAACCGAUCCACUCAUGGUCAAUACAUCUUCCAGUUUACAUAUGAAUAAAAAUUAUUAUCAUGAAAGUACUACAUCAGAUGUUUUAAUGAAUGUGGAAGAAAAUUCACAACAUGCUGACAGUGCAAUACAUACAUUAAUUAGUAAUAAUAAUAACGACAAUACAAAUGUGCAUACUAUCGAUUCUCCUAAUGAAGAUGCUGAUGUAACAAUGUGUAUAUGUCCAGUUUGUGGUUUCUCUGCUUCAUCACCACGUAGACAAGAUGAACAUAUGGAAUUGGUACACGGGGAUGUGAAUGUAUCACAUUUGAUGACUACUACUAGUCAUUUGACAUCAUCGCUAACACCACCGACAUCUUCAUUAUCGUCAUCAACAUCGACAUCGACAACGACAUUACCGACGCCGACGCCGACACCGACACAGACGAUCAAUCAUGAAGAAGAAGAACCACAACAACAAAUGAAUCAUUCAACAAUAUCAUUUGAUUUUUUUCAAUCCAAUCAACGAUCAUUAUUACAAUUGCAAGCAUCAUCUACACCACAACGUGUAAAAUUUUGCUCAACUCAUAUUAAUGAACCAAUACAUUCAUCAUUGAACACAACAACAAUAAAUGAACAAAUAAUAAUGAAUACAAAUUUGAAAAAUCCUGUAAAUUCUUGUUUUGUUAUUGAUACUACUACAAGUUUGAAUGAGACUAUUGAUAAAUAUGGUGUAGGAAAUAUGAACAAUACUUGUAUGAAUGCUGUCACUGGUGGUGCCAUGACAGCUAUAACUACUACUACAUCAACAACAACAACGAAUAGUUCACCGCCGUCAUCAGCAUCAGCGUCGUCAACCUCAUCAUUAUCAUCAGCGUCAAGUACAGAGAUUCAAUCGAAAUUUAAAACUUCACAUCUACCGAAUGAUAUGAAUCAAUUGAAAAUAACUGAAAAAUCACGACAACACACAUCAGCAUCAUUGUCAUUGAAAAAUGGUAAAUCUAAAGAGAAACACAAAUGUUUCACAUCAUCAACACUAUCAACAUCUUCAUCAAUAUCAUCACCGUCUUCACUGUUACCGACAUCGAUUAUUCCGUCGUCCAUUACAGUGACAACGAUAACAACAGCAACUGACACCAACACCACCACAAAAACAACAGGAGCUGUGAUUAAAGGAGAUGGAGAUGAUGAUGACCAUCGUCUCCAUCAUCAGCCUCAGCAGCAGCAGUCAACUGUGAAGAAGGUGGAUUCUAGAAGACGUUAUCGCUGUAAUAUAUGUCCAACAACAUUUCCAUGGCAUGGUGAUCUCACGGAACAUUUACGUUCUGUGCAUGGAAUGCAAAAAUCACGUGAAAAUGCACGUAAUGGUAAAGCUGGCAGUUUUUGUUGUAGUCAUUGUAAAUAUGUAGCAAAAUAUCAAAGUGAAUUAAAUCGUCAUAUGAGAUUACAUUGGGGUGUUAAACCAUUUAUAUGUGUAUUUUGUCCAUAUCGUAGUGCAUGGAAAGGUGAUUUAAAACGUCAUAUGGAAUCACAUCAUCGUGAACGUUUUACAUGUGAAACGGAAUUAAUUAAAAUUAUGUCACAAUUUAAAAAUAACGCUGGUACACGACUAUUAUCCUCCUCAGCCUCAUCAUCAUCAUCGUUGUUAGCCUCAUCAACAACAUUCACUGGUACUUGUGGUCAUAGACCAAUAUUACCAAUGUCACAAUUUGAUAUAACCACAGAGAGUAGUGAAGGAGAUAAUGUCAGUGAUCGAUAUAAUUGUUUACAAAUUGAUGAAGAUGAUGUUGAUGAUGAUGAAGAUGAUGUUAUGAUCAACCCCGGUACUAGUAUUACUACAACAACUACUAAUAAUAAUAACAGUAAUACUAAUAAUAAUAACAGUCACAGUUUUAAUGUUGCCAUUGAAAAUGCAGAUAAUAAUUCCAAUGAGAAUGAUCAUCCAAUUAAUUCUAUCAUGAUGAAAUCAUUUCCUAUUGAAUUAACUAGUUUAACUACUAAUAAUAAAAAUAGUAGUAUAAUUAGUAAUCAUGCAAAAUUAACUGAUACAUCAUUGAAUAAUAUGAUGAGCAAUUAUUUCACUCAAACAACAGCAACUACAAAUGAUAACAUUAAUAAUUUAAUUUGUAAUAUUUGUUCAUAUCAUGCACAAAAUCAAAGUAAAUUUAAAAAUCACAUGGCUAGUCAUAUAAAUUUAAAACAAUUUAAAUGUCCAAUCUGUGGACAACGAAGUAAUUAUAAAUGGGAUAUUACGAAACAUUUAAAAAAACAACAUCCUAAUUGUAAUCAAUUACCAAUUACAAUAAUCAAUAAUACUGUUGAAACAAUUGACGAGAAUCAUGUUAAUGCCUCGACAGCAUUAAUGCCAAUCAGUUUAACAAUGUACUCAUCGUCAUCGUCUUCAUCAGCAUCCGCGUCAGCAUCAGCAUUAUCACCAUCUAUCAUUUCACCGCCUUGUUCAUCACAAUUCCCGGUAUGUGCUCUGUCGAAUCAAUCAUCACUGGUUUCAUGUAUUCCAACAACUGAACAAUUGGCAUUACUGACUCGACCACAAACAACACCGACAUCAUUGACAACAUCAGCAACAACAACUCAGUCAACUAUGAUCAUUUCACCGAAAUCCAAUGAAAUUUCAUCUUUAGAUAUGAUGACAUGUAAAAAUUAUUUGAAAUUUCCAGAAAUUUCAAUGAAUUCCAAUGAAAUGAGCCAAUCAAAUGAUUCAUUGAAUUUGAUUGGAUAUUCAUCGAUAAAUCAAUUCACAUCAUCACCAUUACAAAAUUCUUUUACGAUUAAUAAUAGCAAUAAUAAUAGUAAUAAUAAUAUUGAUUUAUCAAUGAAUGACUCAUUACCAAUUGAUCUAUCAACUGGAUAUUCACAGAAGCAUAUUAAACAAGAUGAUAUCAAGAAUCCUAUGUUGUUACUGACAAACCCAUGUACACAAUCACAAUCAUCAGGAUUAUCAGUGAAAAGUUCAUUGGAAAACAAUCAACAUCAGAAUUAUCCAAUUUCUUCUAUAGACAUAAAUAACACUAUUUAUUCAACAGCAACAACAAUGACAACCUCAACAGCAGUAACAUCCCCUUGUUUAACUAGUUCAAAUUCAAUUUCUACAAUUACACUAUCAGAUAUCCCAAUUCAUUAUCCUAUUCUAUCAAAUAUACAACGAAAUAUUACGCAUAGUUUUAUGCCUUCUACUACUACUACUACUACUAGUUUUACGACAACUAAUAGCAAUAAUACUACUCAUCAUAAUAAUUCAUCACUCAUAUCACCAUAUACUAUUGGUUCAUUUAUAUCUACUGAUCCGUUAAAACCGAAUUCCUCGCCAAAUUCAGCAAUUAAUUUACUCUUUAAUAUACAACAACAAGUUUUAAUGACUGGUCUCUUACAAACAUGGCAACAACAACAACAGCAACAACAAAGUAGUCAAAAAUAUCAUGAACUACAACAACGUCAAUUACAAUUCAAAGAUUUAUCUAUGCAUCGUGAUACUUACGGGACAGUCUCCUAUUCUGAUGUGAUCAUUAAUAUGACAUCACCUAUUACAAGUUGUUCGCCUAGUAAUCUGAGUAGAAGUAGUCAUAAUAAUAAUAGUAAUAGUAAUGUAACACAGAUUACUAGAACAACAACUACUACUCCGAUUACAUCACAUGGUACUUUGACGAGUAAUAUCAAUAAUAGUGCGGCUACUGCUGCUACCGUCGUCGCUGUCAACGAUACAGUCAAUACAUCAUAUCAUACAAUGUUUAAAUCACUAGUAAAUAAUCACUUACCUGAAUUAAUACCAUCCAUAGUUAUCACAUCAUCAUCAUCAUCAUCAUCACUACAAUCACAAAUAGAGAAACAUUCAAGUAUUGAUUUGACUAAUAAAACUAACCAACUGAACGAUCAUCAUCAAUUAUCACCAAUCAAUUGGGAAUCGAAAAAAUCCACUACUUCUGAUUGGUCAAUCACAUCAACAUGUGCUGAAUCAUUGAAACAACUAUCCAAUACCGUACCGGCGGAUGAAAAUCAACAACAAAAAAAUCAAUUACAAGUGAAUCGAUUUUUUACACCUGGUCGACGUAAAGAAUCACAACGUUUAUUAACUAGAACUAAUAAUAAUAAUAUUAAUAAUAAUGGACGUAAAUCUGCACCGAAUAGUAGUUUGUUUAAUUGUCAUGUUGAUGUCAAUAAUCCCGCUGGUACUAUUGGUAAUCUAAAUAGCAGUAAUAGUAGUAAUAAUAAUAACAAAGAAGAACAAUGGAAGCGAUUUCAGUGUUCAGGUUGUGGUCAUCGAUCCAAUUGGAAAUGGGAUAUAAAUAAACACAUUAAAGUAAGUUUUUUUUAUGCAUUUUACAUGUGUAAUAAUAAAUUAUCAAAACCUCAUACAAUUAUCGAUUGUAGUCAAAAUGAAAAAAUUGAAUUAAAACGUGAAUUAGGCUUAUGGAGUGCUGUUUCUAUUACUAUUGGUACAAUUAUUGGAUCUGGUGUAUUCGUUACACCAAAAGGUGUUCUAGAGAAUAGUGAACAAAGUCCUGGUAUCUCAGUUAUAAUUUGGAUUCUAUGUGGUUUUAUUUCACUACUGGGUUCAUUAUGUUAUGCUGAACUUGGCACUACUAUAACUCAUAGUGGUGGAGAUUAUGUUUACAUUAAACAAGCAUUUGGAAAUUUACCUGCAUUUUUACAAUUAUGGGUGAAUCUUGUCAUCAUUCGACCAACAUCCACUGCAAUUUGUGCAUUCAGUUUUGCUUAUUAUGCUCUUUAUCCAAUUUAUUCAUAUUGUGAUCCACCACAUUUAUUGAUAUUGAGUUUUUCCAUUUUAUCUAUAACAUUCUUGACAUGGAUAAAUAUUAUGAAAGUUCGUUGGGCUACAAGAAUUCAAAAUAUAUUUACAGCAGCUAAAUUGUUAGCAUUGGUUGGAAUUAUUCUAUCUGGUUUAUAUGUUGCAUGUCAAGGUAGGAUAGAGAAUUUCAAUGAUUUUUGGCAACCCGUUCGAUCGAUUCAUCCAUCACGUAUGGCUUUGGCUUUUUAUUCCGGUUUAUUUGCCUAUGCUGGCUGGAAUUUUUUGAAUAUUAUUACUGAAGAAAUUCAAAAUCCUGAACAAAAUUUACCACGAUCUAUUUAUAUUAGUAUUACAAUUGUAACAGUGGUUUAUGUAUUGACAAAUAUGGCAUAUUUCAUUGUACUUCAACCGUAUGAAAUUAUUCAAUCAAAUGCAGUCGCUGUGACAUUUGCUGCUCAUUUAUAUGGACAAUUCUCAUGGAUCAUGUCAAUAUUUAUUUCAUUAUCCUGUUUUGGCGGUUUAAAUGGAAUCCUAUUUACAUCAGGCAGAUUGAAUUUUGUUGCAGCUAGAGAAGGUCAAUUGCCUGCUUUAUUAGCUACAAUUCAUGUUGAACGUUUAACACCUGUACCAGCUAUUUUAUUAAAUUGUUGUUUAAGUUUAAUCAUGCUUGUUAUACCAGAUUUGUUUACAUUAAUUAAUUACGUGUCAUUUGUUCAAUGGUUAUCAGUUGGUGCUAGUAUAUUAGCAAUGUUAUAUCUUCGUCAUAGUCAACCUGAUCUUCCAAGACCUAUUCGUCUACCAUUGAUAAUUCCUAUUACAUUUUUAAUUGUUUGUGGAUUCUUAUUGAUUUUCCCGGUAUUUCAUAAACCGAAAGAAUUAUUCACUGGUAUAAUUAUGGUUUUAUCUGGUAUACCAAUUUAUUUAAUUGGUAUAACAUGGAAUCGAAAAUCUGGUAUAUUUUUACAAAAAUAUCAUUAUAUUACAAUACAAUGUCAGAAAUUAAUGCAUGUUAUCUAUCCGGAAUAAAAGCUACUAUGGAAGUGAUUUAUACAUAUACACAUAUGUAUAUUUAUAUAGAUAGACGUGUGAAUUAUGAACAAAAUCAACAAUAUAAUUGCCAUUACUUACUUACUGCACACACACACAUACACAAUUCAGUCAUUCGAAUGAAAUAAUUUAAAAAUGUGUCAUGUUCUGCGCUACUACUACUACUGCAAUAUUGUUUUAAUAAUGAAUUAUUGAAUAUUGAAAAAAUAUAUUUAUAUAUAUAUAUAUGUCAAUAAUUCUUGUGCUUUCUAUGUUCGCUUUCCAGAAAUGAAUUAUUUUUGAAGAGAAUAUAAACAUAGGUUUGAACAGUUUGUUUUUUUCUCUUGAUAGGUUCUCAUCAGAUGCAGAAUGAUGAUGAUGAU